AUGGCCAAGGAAGGCAUUGCUGCUGGGGGUGUAAUGGACGUUAAUACUGCUCUGGAAGAGGUGCUGAGGCCCGCUUUCAUCCGCGAUGGCCUAGCACAUGCCCAGCUCUGUGUGCUUGCAUCCAACUGUGAUGAGCCUAUGUAUGUCGAGUUGGUGGAGGCCCUUUGUGCUGAGCACCAAAUCAACCUGAUUAAGGUUGAUGACAAGAAACUAGGGGAAUGGGUAGGCCUCUGUAAAACUGACAGAGAGGGAAAACCCCGUAAAGUGGUUGGUUGCAGUUGUGUGGUGGUUAAGGACAAUGGCAAAGAGGCUCAGGCCAAGGAUGUCACCGAGGAGUAUGUCAAAUGCAAGAAAUGA